AUGUACACUGGAGGCAGCGCAAGACGCCUACCGCGAAAAACAGGCGACGAUGCCGAGGCCGCAAACUACCGCAGUGUAUUGCAGAGGCAGUGCUGGCGAUCACAGCCAGGCUCGGCCGACCUUGCAGCGCGGCCAACUGUCACCGGGCCGCCGGUCUGCUCGGCGCGUGCCGCGAGCCUGCGCGGCCGUGAGCUCCCACGGACCACUCCUGGGUCCCCAGGGCGCGCCCCGGCGCACGGGCUCCCCCCAGUCUCCCCUCGCGCUGCGACGACGACGACGACGACGACGACUGGAAUGGAGUACCCUGUGGGGAGCGCACAGCACUAA